AGUCUAUGUCAUCUAGCGGAACCACUGGUCAAGCAAAAUUCCACUUGUUGGUCUGUCCAUUAGUCUUUAAGUCAGACAGAGACCAAAUCUGAGGACUAAAAGACUUCUACAUUGUGGAAAAACUGUUCCAUUAACCAGGACUACACAGUGAAAGAGGAUGGGCUGUAAGGAGUCCAUGCUAAGCAAGGGGCUGAGUGGAGGUGUGGAGGGGAAGAUCAACCACCAGCCUGUACGUACCGACCAAACGCAUUAUGUCAGAGACCCAACCUCCAAUACAAACAAUAACAUAAAUAAUUCCCUGUUACCUGGUCAGAUGUUCCAAAAGAUGGAAGAGCAAAGGAAGGUUGAUAAAAUAGUGGUCGGCCUUUACCCGUAUGAAGCCACACACCCAGACGACUUAGGAUUCAAGAAAGGAGAAAAGAUGAGAAUCUUAGAGGAACACGGUGAGUGGUGGAAAGCUAAGUCACUGACAAACAACAAAGAAGGAUUCAUCCCAUCCAAUUACGUUGCUGAAGUUAACACCAUGGAAACAGAAGAGUGGUUUUUCAAGGACAUUGCGAGGAAGGAUGCAGAGAGACAGCUGUUGGCUCCAGCAAACAAACCAGGCUCUUUUCUUAUCAGGGAAAGUGAAACAUCAAAGGGGAGUUAUUCAUUGUCCAUCAGAGAUGUGGACCCCCAGGGGACAGAUUCAGUAAAACACUAUAAGAUCAGGGUGUUAGAUAAUGGUGGCUACUACAUUUCUCCUAAAAUUUCCUUCAAUGACAUCAGCAGCAUGAUCAUACACUACCGCAAGAAAGCUGAUGGCCUGUGUCGUAAACUGGGCCACCCGUGUGUAAAACCCAAAGCUCAGAAGCCAUGGGACAAAGACGCCUGGGAGAUUUCCAAAGAGUCGAUUAAAAUGGUGAAAAAACUAGGAGCAGGGCAGUUUGGAGAAGUCUGGAUGGCUUACUACAACAACACAACCAAAGUAGCAGUGAAGACUCUGAAGCCAGGCACUAUGACUGUUGAAGCCUUCAUGGAAGAAGCCAACGUCAUGAAGACGCUGCAGCAUGAGAGGCUGGUGCGACUCUACGCUGUCAUCACCAAGACAGAACCCAUCUAUAUCAUCACUGAGUUUAUGGCAAAUGGGAGUCUACUAGACUUCUUAAAGAGCGAUGAUGGGGCCAAACUGCAAUUACGCAAACUCGUCGAUUUCUCAGCGCAGAUAGCAGAGGGCAUGGCAUACAUAGAGAAGAGGAAUUAUGUCCACAGAGACCUGAGAGCAGCUAACGUCCUGGUGUCAGACAGUCUCCUCUGUAAAAUAGCUGAUUUUGGACUGGCAAGAGUCAUCGAGGAUGACGAGUACACUGCCAGAGAGGGAACUAAAUUCCCCAUUAAAUGGACUGCUCCAGAGGCCAUACACUUCGGCUCCUUCACCAUCAAAUCAGACAUGUGGUCCUUCGGAGUUCUGCUUUAUGAAAUUAUCACCUAUGGGAAAAUCCCUUAUCCUGGUAUGUCUAAAGUAGAAGUGAUUUCAUCAGUACAGCAGGGAUACAGGAUGCCCCAGCCAAACAACUGUCCCCGUGAGCUUUACGAUGUCAUGGUAUGCUGCUGGAACAACAAACCUGAAGACAGGCCCACCUUUGAAUACAUGCAGAGUGUCCUGGAUGACUUCUUCACUGCAACAGAGGGACAGUACCAGCAACAACCAUAAAGAGAGACAGAGCCAGACAAUCACUUCUAGAAAGACUGUGACAAAGACAUUUCACUUUCACUCCAGAUUAUAUUUGGAGCUACUUUAAAUAUGUGUAUACAUUUUUUAUUUUGGUAAUUUUUGUAUAUAUCACCCGGUCUAUAUACAUUUAUAAAUUGUAAUUUCUUUCAUAUUUGCUGUCAAGAAUGUACAGUAUGCAAGUUCAGGUAUACUGUCUACUGUAUUGUGGCCACUCAUAAUGCAGUCUUUGUUCAAAUACAGUAUGAAGUUUAUUUUCACCUGUAAACAUAAUCUGAGAUACAUAACAAAUUAAUUUCAGUAAAAAGUUAUACUAGACAGUAUUCAGACAGUGCAGCUCAAUUUCCCCAUAAUCCCAUUAUACCUAAAAAACAUAUUGCCAUUAUAGCUUGACCCUCAUAAUAUGAUUGCUUGACCUCGAGAACCUACCCCUAGCAUUAAGAAUCACAUUUAUAUCAUUAAUAGCUUGAAAGUUAUUUGAGGAAAACAACAGAGUGGAAUGAUUACUAAACGCCAAGAAUGGCUCUAUAAAUGUCCUGUGUAGACUGAAAUAACUACAGUGCUUCAUAGACACACACAACUCAAAUCAUUUGGCUGCACAUACUGUAAGGCCACAUAGAGUCAGUUGUCCAAAGUGCCUCCUGCUGCACUUACUAGUUCCACUCACCUUCACUCAGCACCAUAGCUGUGUGCUUUUGCCACAAGGAGGCUCUGACAUACAGUCAUCAGCCUUUCCAAUACUCAUAAGGAAUCCAUCAGGAAAAUUCCUGGGUCUGGGUUAUGAUCCUAACAGAAACCUUGUCUCCAAAACAUUUCAACAAAAUCGAUUCAUUAAUUUUUAAGUUAUGCUGCGAAAAAACCAACAAAUACCCUCAGUGAAGGUAAAUAAAAAGAGUUGAGGAUUAUAUACAACAGAAUGAAAAAUGCUUAGUUGGGUUAAUUACUCUCUACACUAAAGUCUCAUGUCUAACCAUAUAAAUAUUUGGACCUAAAAGACUCCCAGUAAGGUGUUGAGCCACCAUGUGCCACCAGAACAGCUUCAGUGCUCCUUGGUAUUGACUUGCCAAGUCUCUGAACUCUAGUGGAGGAUGAACACCAUUCUUCCAGAAGAUAUUCCCUCAUCUGGUGUUUGAUGACGGUCACUCCAAAAUCUCCCAUAGUUGUUCAACUGGGUUGGGAUCUGGUGACUAUGAAGACCACAGCAUAUGAGUCGUAUAUUUUUCAUACUCAUCAAACCAUUCAGUGACCCAUCAUGUUUUAUGGAUGGAGGCACUGUCACACUGGGAGACCAUUCAUUUAUUUAUUUAGUUUUGUCCUAUAAUUCGUCUAUAGUGUGCAAAGGGACUAAACAAACAGAAGAUAUCAUACAAAGAGGUUACAAAUAGGACAGAGUAUGGGGGGAUCAGUGUCAUGACUUUCUGCACAAACUGCCUCAUAGAAAAUCUGUUCAUCUAAAUUAUGUGCCAAUGGAAAAAGUUGUGAUAUUCCUUAAUAACAUUUCUAUCUGGGUUAAGUGUGGAGGUACUAGGCUAGACCGAAUCAUGCUCUACAAGGUUAUGACUAACCAUUUUACAUUACAUUGCUAAUUAUCACAUAAGCUGUUCUAAAAACGGAACACCUGUCCCCUUAUGGUGCAGCAAACUGUGCUGAUUCUGCCGAUCACCUCUGAGUCCACUUGAUAUUGAAGUGCUAUAGCUCUUGCCUGUUUUGCUCCUUUCUGGGGAUACAUGUGAAAUCUGUUGUCAUAUUAUUUCAUCACUUUAAAUAUUUUCUUUUAAGAUCAGAUGUGCUCUCUUGAUAGAGUAAGUUGCACUGGGUGUGACAGUGGGUGACUCUUGGUUUGCUAAAAGUAAAAUUAACUAUAUUCUACAGUAAGUGUAAACUUAUAUAAGUAUACAGAAGAAGGGUGCCACAUUACUGUACUAGUUGAAUGAAUAAGUUGUGUGUUGGUUUUCACUUAAUGAUCAUUUGAGCUGUAUGCUAUGUGAAAUGACAAUGUAUACAUUUUGUAUGGGCUACAGAUAAACUUAUAUACAGUAAAUGUUAUUCACUGUGUACACAUAUCACAUAUAAGAAACUGUCACUUUUACUUUGAGAGACCUAUCCCAAGUGAUUCUGUUUUCUGUUUUUCAUUAAUUUUUUUUUCUACUGUAAUUGCUUUUAUAGUUAACUUGCUUUGAAAAUGUAUGCAAGCAAGUAGCAGUACCAUCAAUACUCUGUUACAAGUAAAGGUUAUGCAUUCAAAAUGUUACUUAAAUAAAAAUACAAAA